AUGCUGCGCGCCGCGGCCGUUGCAGGGUUGCCGGCGAGGCUCGCCGCCAAGAGGCCACUGGCGGUGACUGUGGCGGCGAGGGUUGCGCUUGCGAGUACCGAGGCGAGGUGGCCACUUCUCAGGGCACUGAGGUGCGGGGGAGUCCCGGUCCCGGGGAGGAGAGUGUGCUUAUGCUCCGCCGCCGGCGACGAUAGCGGCUCGGAAGCAGCGUCCUCCGCGGCGGAGGGCGAAGAGGCUGCGUCUGGGGAGGAAGGCGAGGGGGAGAAUGCCUCUGCGAUCGUGCCCGCUGUCCUCCGCCCCGAGGAUUGCCACACGGCGAUUCUAGUAGGAUGUGCACAGGUUGAUUCUGGCAUUCAGCUUCCACACGAUUACCGCCUAACAAUAAGCAAGUGUUCAGCCAGUGUCUGUUUUGCAGGUAAGAUCAUAUGUCUUUCUGGGCCACCUGGAGUUGGAAAAACUAGUAUUGGACGUUCAAUUGCACGUGCACUAAACCGGAAGUUCUACAGAUUCUCUGUUGGAGGUUUGACCGAUGUAGCAGAAAUUAAGAUAACUCUGAAACUUGUCCGUCAAGGGGUAUCAAAUGAGCCACCUCGAGAUAUCACAGUAGUAGAAGCAGAUAAAAAGUCAGUCAAUUUUGAUGUUGUAACAAAAGUAGAAGAUAAGAACUCGAAGAAUUCUAUUGCAGAAGAUGCUUCAGUGGACGUGGGCCCAAUUGAUUCUUCUCUUGAUAAUAUUAAUGUGGUGCCUUUAACAACAGAGUCGGAAGUAGGCCACAAUAAGCAUUCAAAUGAAGCACCUACAAAAACUUUUGCAGAAGAGACAGCCAAACCAUCUAAUACUUUUAAGAUACCAGAGGCCAACAAUGAAAGCAUACAUAGGACUAUGGAAGUGCUUGUAGACAAGCCUGAGGAGAAAGUUGUUGUCAAUGCAUCAAAUCUUGGUAAUUUUGUUGGGAAGCCUGUGUUCCAAGCAGAGCGCAUAUACAAUCAGACUCCUGUUGGAGUGGUCAUGGGUUUAGCUUGGAAUGCUAUGGGUGGUUCGACCUUGUACAUUGAGACAGCAAAAGUAGAGGAAAGCAAAGGCAAGGUCACACUUGUUGUGACAGGCCAGCUGGCGAUAUCAUGA